CGCCCGCGUCGGGGUCGGAAGCACAUGUUGGCGCCGGAGCUCCGCGGGGAUGGAGGCGGAGACGGAGAUGGACGCCCAGAGCGCCGCGGCCGGGGACGGCUUCACCCCGGUCGCCCGCAGGGGUGCUCGGCGGGCGAAGAAACGGCGGGCUGAGCAGCUGUCGGCGGCGGGCGAGGGCGCGGACGCGGGCCGCAUGGACACGGAGGAGGCCCGGCCCGCGAAGAGGCCCGUAUUCCCGCCCCUCGCCGGGGAUGGAGUCCUGGGUGGGAAAGAAGAAACCAGGAAGAUUGCCGUCCCGGCCAACAGGUACACGCCCUUAAAAGAGAACUGGAUGAAGAUAUUCACGCCCAUCGUAGAGCACCUGGGGCUUCAGAUACGGUUUAACCUGAAAUCGAGGAAUGUGGAAAUUAGGACUUGUAAAGAAACCAAGGAUGUUAGUGCUCUAACAAAAGCAGCAGAUUUUGUGAAAGCCUUUAUUCUUGGGUUUCAGGUGGAGGACGCGCUUGCCCUCAUUAGGUUGGAUGAUCUCUUCCUAGAGUCUUUUGAAAUUACAGAUGUGAAGCCCCUAAAGGGAGACCACCUGUCCAGGGCAAUAGGAAGAAUUGCUGGCAAAGGAGGAAAAACCAAGUUCACCAUAGAGAAUGUGACACGGACACGGAUAGUUUUGGCUGAUGUGAAAGUUCACAUCCUUGGCUCUUUCCAAAACAUCAAGAUGGCAAGAACUGCCAUUUGCAACCUCAUCCUGGGAAAUCCUCCAUCAAAGGUUUACGGCAAUAUCCGAGCCGUGGCUAGCAGAGCAGCAGAUCGAUUCUGAUUUCAAAUCAGAGGCUUACCUUGUCUUUGGACUCGAGUAAAUAAAAGCCCUUGCCCUCUGCCUGUGGUCACAGGAAACCACGUGAAGAACUUUUUAGUCACUUGCAGCCUUCAUCGCUUCUUCCGUUCUCAGCCAGAAGCAUCAGCAGAAAGCAAAGGUUUGAUAAUACAGCAACUUGAAGAUCCUUCCCGUAUCUGAAUUUAAUACCGUAAUUAUACAUCAUAAUUUAUCACUUCAUUUUAAAUAAAAGAUUUGCAUAAUAAUGCUCUUAUUGGAGGGAACCUUGUUUAAACUGUCCUAUAUGAAUUUAUUUAUGAAUUUGUAACUUUUUAUAAACAUUUCUUGUCUAUGGAGUGUAAUUAAACAAUCAGCUCACAAAA